GUUGUGCGCAUGUUUAACGGGCUUAUCUUUUCGCAGAGUUUUUGUUUUUAAAUCGUGACUUAAAAAAAUAAUCAACAAACAGACUGUUUUGUUCUGUUAUUAUAUUUAUAUGGAUUAACUUUGGAUAAUAUUGGAUAAUAUAUUCAGGAAAUGUUUCUCAGAAAAAAGAUGAUCAUGAAACGAUAAUUAUCUAUUAUGAAUAAAUAAAAAAAGGGACUGAAGAGACUCUGAUUCAAAAUAAUAAAAAAAAAAUCUAUAAAAAAAGACAAUUGAACCAGAAGUGAACAAUACAACAAACAUAUAUAAAUCAGUGAUUCUCUAUAGAAAAAUUUAAAAAAAAUCUAAAAAUAAUGAAACAAUAAAAAAAACUUCAUUCUGUGCGACAACAAGUACAAUUUUUAUACGUAAUUCACAAACACACGUCAGUCAGGCAGAAACAAUAAACAGGAUGGGAUGUAUUGAUAACUUAGAAUCACAGGGCAUGGAUGCAAACGCAUCAUUUCGUUCGAAGCUGCAAUCGCAACGGAGCAAGUUGAAUCAGGAAAUAAACAAAGAAUUGCGGUUACGUGCGGGAGCCGAGAAAUUGUACCAAGCAACCACAAACAAAAAAUUGCGGAACACAAUUCAGCUGGAAUUGAGUUUUGUGAAUUCGAAUUUGCAAUUGUUGAAGGAACAGCUUGCCGAGUUGAAUUCUUCCGUGGAAUUGUAUCAGAAUGACUCGCAAAAUUUAAUUUUGCCUAUGAUUCCAUUGGGGUUGAAGGAAACGAAGGAAAUUAGUUUCAUGGAGCCAUUUUCGGAUUUUAUUCUUGAGCAUUAUAGUGAGGACUCGAAUUUGUAUGAAGAUGCCAUUGCGGAUUUGACUGACUUGAGACAAGCUUGUCGAACACCGACUCGCGAUACACAAGGUGUGUCAUUGUUGUUUCGUUACUACAACUUGCUCUACUACGUGGAAAGACGCUUCUUUACGGCAGACCGCAAUGCUGGAAUUUACUUCGAGUGGUACGAUUCAUUAACGGGAGAGCCGUCAUCUCAACGAAGUGUCGCUUACGAAAAAGCUUGCAUAUUGUUCAAUUUGGCGGCAAUUUACACUCAAAUUGGCGCUCGGCACGAUCGGAAGUCAGAAAAGGGUCUUGAUGGAGCUGUUUAUAGCUUUUUGCAAGCAGCGGGCGUGUUCAAGCACAUUUACGAUACUUUUACGAAUGCUCCUUCGAUGGAUUUGAAGCCGCUGGUCUUGGAUGUUUUUGUUGAUUUGAUGCUUGCGCAGUCCCGAGAAUGUUUGUACGAGAAACUUCAAUUGCAAGUAGAAGUUAUGUCGAUUCAAGAUGCCGAUAAUUUGUAUAAAGAACUCGCCGGAGAAGCAAAUCAACUGGCAAAAAAGUAUACGGAGAUCCAUACGACAAUUCAAUCGAACGAAACACACAGUUAUUUGCCGGAAUGUUGGGUUGGAUUGGUGCCCAUGAAAGCCGAAUAUUAUAAGGGACUUGCGCAUUUUCAUGCAUCGAAAGCUUCCGGCGAAGGAGUUAGCCAAAUUGAGGGAUAUCCAGCUGAUAAACCAAUUUCUGAUGAUUUAAUUAGAAGAGCGCAUCUCAAAGAAGCCAUCGCUAGUUUGGAGGAAGCGAGACGUAUUCAACGGAUGUGUCGCGAUUUAAAGAACAAAGACGGCUUAAGCAAAGUAGUAAAAGAAGCACUUACCGCUGCGGAAGACGAAUUUGCUGUAAUCGAUCGAAUGAUUCCCGAUAACGUAAACGAUGACGAUCUCGAGUUGUUAGUUGUCAAAAUCGAAGCCAUUUCCAACGUCACGCUUUCCUUAACGGGCCCCGAUUUCACGGCACACAAAGUUGAAGAUCCCUUCAAAGGUCUCGGACCAAUCGGAGUCUUUUCUGCACGCAAAUAUUGGACUGCGCCACGAAGUAUUCGCUUACAAAAAGGCACGGGAGCAAUAAAUCCACAGAAGCGCAUACCAAAAUCAUGCCAUUGUAAGCCCGGAACACUCAUUGCCUGUGAUUAUUGUAAGAGUCGAUCGAAUAACGGAAGUGUCAGAAGCGAAAGUACAAAUUCGUCGGCAGGGAAGGAACGAGUGAUUGACAGUUAUGGCUUUAAUGUGCGCGGAGAUGCGCCAGUUGUGAUCUCGCAAGUUGAAAAUAAUUCAUUAGCUGAGCUUGGCGGCUUAAAACAAGGCGACUACAUUGUCGAAAUAAUGGGAGUCGACGUAAAAUGGUACACUUACCAACAAGCUGUCAAAUUAAUCAACUCUGCAAAUCACAGUCUUGAACUAAAAGUCGUUACUCCGAUGGACAAAGGAUAUCAAUCGCCCAUACCAAAAGAUCCCUAUUGCCCCUACAAUUAUCAAUCACUCGGAAGACUCUCGACAAGUUCAUCAAUGCUUUCGUCAACACGUUCGACGAGCAAUUCCGACACCGCCAAAUCACAAAAGACAAAAUCUUGCAGCAAACGAUCGCGCAGCAGAUUGAAUAGUUUCACAGCAAGCAGCUGGAAUCUGUUUCGAAGGUCACAGAGCAUGGGAAAGAUUUAAAAUAGAUUUUAUUAAUUAGUUUUGUAGGCAAGUACGAAGGAGAAAUAUUGCAAUAAUUCACAAUAAUAAAUAAUAUUUAUACGAAAAAAUAGACAAUAAACGAUAAAAUAAUAAUUAAAUAACAAUGAAAGAAUGUUUGCCAUAACGUUAAAAUUCGUAGAUUUGUAAAGUCUUUGUGUUAAGAUUGUUUUUAGGUUUUAGGAGAAUAAGUUGAUAGAAAUAACAAUAAA